AUGAAAGUCAUUUUCAUGGCCCAGGCUGUCCUCUUGUUAUGGGCCAUAGUUCCUGCUGCCGACGGAGGCAUCGACGCAUCGAUCCCCGUCGGGAGUGCUGUGUCCAGUUACAACAUCGCAGACGUGAGCUUACCCAACAGGUUUCUGCCGGGGCCACAGUACUGUCCGGACACUGGACGAACGCUGUGUACGCACGUCGACCACUAUCCAGCGGAGCGUAUCUACGACGUGCUCAUGUCGAGCAGAUCGAAACACUUCAACUUGUCGUCGCUGUUCGUGGACGAACGUCAAGGAGACGCGGAACCCAACAUCGUCGACAACUUUCCCAUUGUCCUUCCUCCAGCCUUCGACCAUCACAAGAGAAUCUGUCGCGCGGCGGCGGUGGUGAAGGUGAAGGAGCUCGCCGUUCUCGACCUCACAGAGACAAUCCUAAAUUGCACCGAGAGAAGCAUAUCCCGUCAGACCUUGCCUAUAACGUGCGGUACACACAUGCGCCCCCUAUACGAUAUAUACAUUCUGUCCAUUGAGAGUAUCCUGUGCUGUAGAGGCCUGGCGAAACAAGCGACGGAAAACGUGGAACAAGCCUGUCCCUUCCGCGUCAGGUACAUCCCAGUGAGGGCGGCACUCAACGACAGGUCCCAAUGGAAGUUCAUCGUCAACGUACCGGAGAGGGACGUCCGGGUCACUCAAUUCAUACGCGUCGAAGUUUGCGAGUACCCUGACGAGCCGUGCUCGAGCACCAUCAGCCUGCCUCACGGCUACGUCAGCAAGUGCCGACAGAAGUACCUCAAGAAGAAACUCCUGUCCCUGGACGCUGACGGCGGCGGAACAUCGGAAGAAGACUUCUUCGUGCCUUCCUGCUGCGUCUGUGAACUCAUCAGAGAAGACACCAAGAAGUAGACACCUGUGAUUUACUCUUAUAUCCUGACGCAUACGAUUUCGUCUUGACGGAUAAACUGAAGCUCUGCGUUGGAGUGUUAGCUCUUUACGCCUAUA